GUUCGCCAAUUUGCCGGUAUCAUAACUGUCGGUUUGAAAAUUGACAUAGCGAUGGACGGAACGGACGGAACGGACGAUUAGGAAACCUAGGCUGAAGUUACCAGAGAUAAUGGAAGAAUACCUAAUGCAGAAAGCAUCAGUCCUUGCCCGUCACCGCCUGAUUUGACAGAAACAAGUGAGCCCAUCCACUGAUCCCACCAUCGUCAGCAAUCCCUGUGGUGAUCCAUUUACCCCAGUCAACCCAUGUUUUUACCGUUAGUCAGCGGGGUCAUUGACUUGCACCCCCACCAACCAACCAACCCCACCUCCUACUACCUUCACGACGUCCACGCGCCCACCGACACUCCAACCAUGGGUAAAUCCUCCAAAGACAAACGCGACUCCUACUACCGCCUCGCCAAAGAGAGCGGCUACCGGGCUCGUUCAGCGUACAAGCUCCUGCAACUACACUCACACUUCAACCUCCUCACGUUCCCCACCGCGAACCCACGGGUCAUCGACCUCUGCGCCGCGCCCGGCUCCUGGUCGCAAGUCCUCAGCCGGCACCUCCCGCCCAGCAGCACGAUCAUCGCACUGGACCUGCAGCCGAUGACGCCGAUUCCGGGGGUGACGACACUGCAGGCGGACAUCACACACCCGUCCACACUACCACUGAUCGCCGCGCACCUUGGCGGGUCGGGGCCGGAGUCGGGUGCGGCAAAGGUGGACAUGGUGAUCUCCGACGGGGCGCCAGACGUGACGGGCCUGCACGACCUAGACGAGUACGUGCAGUCGUCGCUGCUCCUGGCGGCGCUGAACCUGGCGGUGUGCGUGCUCACGCCCGGCGGCUCGUUCGUCGCGAAGAUAUUCCGCGGCCGGGAUGUCGACGUGCUGUUCGCGCAGCUGCGGUGCUUCUUUGAGCGCGUGGUGUGCGCGAAGCCGCGCAGCAGUAGGGGCAGCUCGAUUGAGGCGUUCGUCGUCUGUCAGGGUUUCGCGCCGCCGGAGGGAUUCGUCGGCAGCUUGGAGAGACCCAUGACCCUAGGAGUCGGGGUUGGAGAGGGAUGGGGGGAAUGUAGGGCCGUGGUCGAGUUUGUCGCCUGUGGCGAUCUGGAUGAGCCCGACUCUGAUGCGACGCAGAGACUACCGGGGAGAGAGGGGAGUAUCGAUCCUGUGCAGCCGCCCACCGCGCCGCCGUACAAGAGGGCGGUCGAAUUGAGGAAGCAAUUGGGGGGUGGGGGGAAGUAGCCUGAACAGGAGGAGGAGGGGAGGGGAGAGGGAGAGAGAUAUAUACCUAGGCAGGAGCACGAUGUAUAAAUAGUAGGGUGUGGGAUGAAUAAGGCGUUCUGGUUGGUUUAGAUCUUAGAGGCUGGUUGGGAAUAGAUAUCACAGCGGUCCAUUCAUUCAUGGCAUGGCACUCGUCCUUUCCUCAGAUUAAAUGCAACAUGACGGAAAAUAGUUUAGCAUGC